ACAGCUGUUUCAGGGACAUGCAGUGGUUAGCCAGCCUGCGGUAUCGAGGUCUGUGCGGUCACUUCCUGAUUUCUGCCUUGUGAGUGAUCAGAGCUGGGACAUGAUCAGAGCAUUUAAAUGGACUUCUCAACCCCCUCCCUGAAAAGAGAGGCCAGGGACAGCAGGCUGACAUUGGGAGACACUGCAGAGGAAUAGAGGCAUCGGGAAAAAGCCCACAAACCACUUGUGCAGAGCUGCUGCUAUCAAGCUGAUGAAGACAGAAACUCUUGAAAGAAAACUACAUGGAAAGUCCUAUUAGGGAAAGAAGUGAGGUUUUGUUUGCAUAUCACGGCUCACUUCUCCUGCGAGCCCUGAAAGUACUGUAGAACGUGAAAGAGAUCCUCAGGUGUGCCAAUGGAAAAGACAGAUGACAUUCAGAGCUGCCAGGAUAAGCAAGAAGAGGACAUCCCGAAGAGUUCCCCAUUUGACUUUGUAAUAAAACAGUUCCAAGGGAAGAGAUCCUCUCCUGGAAAAAGAAAAGAGCAGCCUUCAGCCAUCAAAAAAUUCUUCAGGGCCUUUGACUUUGGGAAAUCUGAAGGCAAGGACAGAAGGGAAAUUGAAGAAACAGAAAUAAACAGCUCUGGAGCUGAUGAUGAGAGUGAGAAGCAAGAUCUCUCUGUAGAAGAUGGACUUUCACAUCUCAUUUCUGAAGCGGAGUCACCAUCUGGUGAGCAGAGAUUUAACCAGUUCAUGCAGAAACUGGGAAAGAAACCCAACAGCAAGAAUCUGGAUCUAAAUAAUUGUGCAUUAAGUGCAGCAGAUGUAACAGAGCUGGCUUCUUUAUUGCCGUUUCUCCCAGAGCUGGAAGAGAUCAGCCUGUCCUGGAAUGGCUCUGUUGGUGGGACUUUGAAAGCUCUCACUGUUCAUCUUCAUCAUGUGAACCUGCUAAGAGUCCUUCGACUUAACAACUGCAGGCUGACAGCUGAGGAUGUCACCUCCUUAGGAGAGGCAUUUGAGAUUGUUUCUCAACUGGAAGAACUGGAUUUAUCAUGGAACAGUAACAUAGGUGGAAAAUUAUCACUCCUGACAAAAAAAAUCCAGAAAGGGUGCAAGUUAAAACUUCUGAAAAUUACAGACUGUAACCUGACAGCAAAGGAUGGAGAAUCCCUUGCUGAAAUUCUAAAUGUGAUCCCAAACCUCGAAGUAUUAGAUCUCUCUAUCAACAAACACAUCGGCUGCAGCAUGAAGGUUAUUGCUCAGGAUCUGAAAAAUGUGCCAGGCUUGAAAGAGUUAAACUUGCACAUGUGUGGAUUAAAGCAAGACAGCCUCCAGGGCUUAGACACUGCUUUACAGCACCUUGCAGAGCUAAGAAAAUUAGACAUAUCAUGUAACAAAGAGAUUGGUGGUGGCUUUAAAGACUCAACAGCUCAUUUGGCCAGCUUGAAAAACCUCGAAGUCCUUGAUCUCCACCAGUGCUGUGUAACAGAAGAGGACGUGACCGUUUUGUCCCAGGUGAUACCUUUGCUCUCCAGUCUUCAAGAGCUGAAUUUAUCCUCAAAUAAAAGUGUAGGAGUCUCAUCUGAUCCUCUUCUGGGCAGGCUCAGGUUUUUACCAAAGCUGAAAUCUGUGGCCAUCAGCAAUUGUGGUUUAGGUGAAGAGUCGUUUUCAUUACUAGCUGAGGCUGCCCUUCACCUUCCUGAACUGGAGAUAUUAGACCUUUCUUGGAAUAAGUGCGUUGGUGGGAACCUAAAGCUGCUUUUGGGAGCACUAAAGCUUGCAACGGAGAUUCAAGUGUUAAGACUGAGCAGCUGUAACUUGGUGGCUGAAGAUUUGGCACUUCUAACGUUACUGACGGAGGAUGGCCAUCUAGCCAGAUUACGGAAGCUGGAUUUGAGUUAUAACAACAGCAUCUCUGAUGAAGGGUGGGUCGUCUUCUGUCAAGGCUUAGCAGUAUUCAAAGAACUCUCAGAGCUGGAUGUCAGUCUUCGCCCAUUGUCCUGCCGUGACUGUGGGCCGUGGUUCAGCGAGUUGUUAGCAGCCCUGACAAAGCUGCCUGCCUUGACAGAGCUGGGGAUGCAAAGAUGGGUCCUUUCAGAAUCACAGCGAAAAGGACUGGAAAGCUUUAAUCAAGACAACAAAAGAAACAUUCGUUUUGACUGUUGACGGAGGUUGAAGGUUUCUGGAAGGCCUUUCACAAGCAGCACAUGAAGCAAGUAUUACGUGUCUCUGACUUAGAAGACUGCCCAGUUUUUAGUAAUCUCGUCUCAUGAGAGCUCUUGAAAUAGUUCCACAAUUACAGAAAACUGUUAUUUAACCUUCUGCAUGCAUAGAUCAUUCCAUUUAAUAACAUAUUCUUUCAGAUUCUCUGGGCUAUGCUUAUGCUACUAUAUAAGCUUAAUCUUUGUGUUGUGAAUACUCCAAUGACUACUGUCAAAAGAGCAAUGAUGAUUUCACAUGGACACACUGUAGGUUUGCCAAUGGAGGAAAGUGGCCGCGGUGUGUGCUAAUGCAGGUGGGUGGGCAGUGUGAAUGUGGCCUCCUGUAUAUAAGGAAGAUGCCUCCAGUGUGAAAAUACUUGAAACCUCUAUGUUUUAAAUUUUAGUUUCUUCUCUCCCCAGACUUUUGCCUCUUUGUGAAUGCAUUAAAUCUACAUAAUUGUGAGAUUUGCAAAGCAUCCCAACAACUCAGGAUUAUAUGUUAGUCCAGCAAGGAGAAUAGGGAAGGGGCUGUUCUGCCUCUGCUGUGGCUGUUGAUGCCAUCUUAUAGUGUAGAUAAGUCCUGUGUACAGAAUCAGCUUAAAAUCAAGGUAAGAAACAGUUCCUUGAUAUCUUGGCAGGUCUCAGGGGCAAGGGAAAUGCUGUGCUAGGUUAAAUCAGAGGUAUGUCCUGCUACCUUAGCAAGGAUUUUGGACACAGAGCAAUCCAUAGGUGUUCUGGAUAAGGCUAUACAAAGACUUCAGGAUACUUCAGGGAUGCUUCUUCUCAUCCUGAACUGUUUUGGCCUUACCCAGACUGCGCUUUCUGUGCAGACUCUUUUAUGACAUGCAGCACAAAACCAAACUUCCAGAUCUAAGAGUCUGAUCUAAAGCAUAUGAAAGCCAGUGGGAGUCCCUGCAGUGCCUUCAUGCUUCCUGCAUUCAGGAUUAAUCCAUUAACCUUCACAACACCUUGUGACAUGGACGGUGUUCUUAUCCUUACCUUAAAGAUGAGGGAAAUAAGCAAAGUCUGUUAUUCAAAGCCACAGGGCAGCUUCUAGCUAAGAGCACAGCACCCUGCUUUGUGCCCAAGACUUGUUAGAAAAAGCACCAACUUGGGAUGUGUAAGUGGCUCCUCCUUUUUUUAGUUGAUAAUUUCUUAUUUGGCAUUUUAUUGUAUUUGCUUACACAGAGCUAAAUUUUGGCAUAGUCACUCGUGUCAUGGAGCUUGUUAACCCACACGUGAGCUCAAAGACUGCAGUGGGAUUAUUCAUUGGUAAGGUAUUUUAGGAAGUAAAGAUAUUAGAUCUGCCCACUGAGUGAGGAGUCUUAGAGAAAUCCUGAGGCAGCUUGAGGGAUAAAGUACUGCUCAAUUAGCUCUGAGUAUAUCUACGUGCUGCAGCAAUCUCCUGGAGGAGAGGUACAACAGGAUCAUUCAGUGGCAAUUUCCUAACUUGCUAGGGCCCCUCUCAGCAAGUUCUCCUGUGCAGAUGCAGAUCAAUAUUUAGGUUUCAGUCUGGGUGACCCUUCCAACAUCAACUUCUGGCUGGUCAGGGUUAUAACCAGCAGCUGACCGUGCUGUGCUGAUACCCCUUGAUCACUUAAUCCAUGACUUCAUGUGAGGGUCUCCAUGGACUUCCUGGUUCCAGUUUCAGUUCCACUUGAAAAGUGCACUUGGUUCCCCCAGCUCUGAGAAAUGUGAGGUGAACUGGAGUGUCUUGAUCAGAGGUAGCAGGGAAUUGCUGCAGUGUGGGAUCAGUUAUCUUCUACAGAGAUCCUCAACCUCUGAAGUGAAGCAAAGAGCCCCUGUUUCAUACAAGGCUAACAAGAGAGACUUUCAAGUAGUGACUUAAGCCAGGAGAGUUACUCUAAUGUGGAAGUACCAUCAUCUCUGUUUAACAGCAGCACACCAAUCUCUUCUCUUAAUCACUCACCCUCCUGUGACUUUCCUCCUCAGAUCUGCCUUUGGUCAAACUGGGAAAUUGAUUCUUUAUCUGUUCUGUGAGAAUCUCUCUGAAUCACUCCUUUCCCACUUGAACCUCUCUCUCUAAUUCAGUACAGCAGCUGGCCAGUGUUUAAUGUCAGGUGUCUGUUGUAAUCUUACUGACUGAACUGGACUUCAGUGUUGGGGUUUCUUGUUUUGUCAUAGUUGGGCUCCUCAUUCUCAGCUCCAGAGCACAGUACGGACUCACUGCUAGAAACCUCUCCACUUGCUGUUCAUGAUCCUCUUCUGAGUCCUUUGCCCUCUCAUGAUUCUGUCAUACCUAUUGUGCCACUAAAAAGCUUUUAUUAAAUCACUUCUAUUAAAUGUCCUGUCUUCCCGGAGAUCUCUCUCUUCCAAUGAUUUCCUCCUCGGUAGUCUCUGAAUCAUCCUUCUCUCUGUUCCUCUUUGCCUUCACUUAGGGUGAAAAAAUUUCAUAAGACACCUCCAAACAAUCAAAACAGCAUCAAUCACCUAUUAAAAUGGAAAAAUCAAAACCAAGCCGUCCCACUUUUCUGCACUCCCAGCUCUCUCCUGCCAACAAGCAUAUUAAUGAGGUUUCAGUAUCAAUCGAUUCAAGAGCCAAACAGAAAUAAGAUCCAUACCCUGCGUGCAGAUGUAGCCGCAGCAUUCAGAGAACACUACCUGGAGGUGGAGCUCUAGGAAGAGCUGGGUCUCCGUGACCCUGCCUUCACCACCUCCUUCAGGAUGCCACCACCUUCUCUGAGGCAACUCAGGCAAGGGGAGGGAGAGCAGGACUGCAGCUCCGACCAGCCAGUUAAGCUAAAUAAAGGGGUUUGCUCCCACCCACUCGUGCCCUUUGAAUCUGCACAGUGGCUGGUCCCAGUCCAGCUCUGUGCUUUAUGUAUGUUGCAGAUAAAACUCUGGAGGAGUUUAAGGAGUAACUGAGCAAUACAGAAUAAAAACUAGACGAGGACAUCAGCUGUUUAGGACAAACAGCUUUCUGUGAAGUGCUGUGGAAGGACAUGUUUGCAUAUAAAUUUGGCAUGCUAGAAUUAUAGUAAGGAGUGUUUGUCAUGGUUCUUUUGAAUAACAAAGGUGUUAUGACAUGCCAGGACCCAGAAUCAUUGCAGAAUAUUGCAUUCUGCAGACUCCCUGCUUUCAAAUAAGCCUGUUGUACACAGACGUCUGUUUUACAGUCACCAAGCUAUUUCAGAGAUGAGCUAUAACACUAAGGAUUUGACAGCUUGCAGUCAUUCAAAAUACUAUAACUACAGAUUGUCAAAACAUCAGUGAACAGUUUUGCAAAAGUCUGGAGAUACUUUCAAAACAGCUUUUUACACCUCUGUAAGACGGGAUGGUAAUACAGGUUCUGGUAGAAGUGCGUGUGUUCUGACUGCCUGGAAUCCUCCAUAUUUCCAAACAAGGUACUGAUCAUUUCUGAACGUAAAACUCAUUAAAUAACUGCAAGUAAGUGGGGCCACAAAUAUUGUUUCACUCUAGAUAUGGCUCUACCUCACUGACUGGAAAACAGAUUUCUAAGAAUUGCAUGUAAAAUACUUUGGGAUUCAGAACAAAGAACACUUCAUUGCACCAGAUUCCUACAGAUUAGACUAAUUUGCAGUUAAUCGGCUGCCUUAAUGCUUUGAGAUAACAUGCAUUUAGAAUGAGACAUCUCAAGAAUAUUUCAGAAUCUGCCUGAUUCAGCUGGAGCCAAUGUUGACAAAAACACAAAAACAAACCUCAAAAAUUCAUCUAUUUUCAUUGUAACACUCACUGAUUCGAAUGCUUUAAUACUGCUUAUCUCCUACUCGCUUAUCUCUGCUCACAUUUGCCCUUCUUGUAAAUGAAAAGAGCCCUGUGCAUUUUUCUGCCCAAAUACCACUUUUUUGCUUUUGAGGCUUUUACAGACUUCUCUUUUCCCUUUCCUUUUCCUUCUUUCUUUUUUUCGUUAGAUUCUUAAGUGUCAAGAAACGUCCAAUCCCCUUCUGAUUC